AUGUGCAAGAAAUUGACAAAUUUCGUGCCGAACAUCUCAAUUGUUAUCAACAAGUUAGCAUCUUCCCCUGUGAUUUUGAUAGUGUCUGCUAGAAAGAAGUUUACAUUCCCGAACGUGGCUCGUCGCCCUCUUCCGUUCAUGGCGGCCUUUCUUUUCCCUCUAGGUUCCUCCGAGCGCUCAGCCAAGGCUGCACACGCCAGCGACGACAGAAAACAUGAGACGAGGAGGGACUCAUCCUCCAACACGACACGCGAUAUGCGGUGCAGCGCUACAGAUAGACAGACUGCACUCGUUAUUCUCCCGAAGCUCCAAGUUCUAGAGCUAUUGAGGCGGACCCUACUGCACUGUACCUUGGGCUACCUCACCACGCCUCUCAUCCGUGUCUUCCCAUUUUCUCAGCCGUCGUUUCAUAGCACGGCUGCGGUAUGCGCGUACGGUAUGGGUGACGCAACAAACCAGCCGCAAGGCCUAAAUUUAGUGACCCACGAUUCACUCGGGCUGCGCAUCUUCUGUCUUCCGCCUUCGACACUGCCAGGCUGCCUCAUUUUCCUCGCCGCGAUGGGUGCGGGAGUGGGACACGGACAGUGCGAGCAAGGGGCACUUGAGCGGAGAGCAAGAAAAAAAAAGGAAGAGGCGGUGACGGCUGUUCUGCUCUGCCCAGUGCCGCCAACUACUCUGCUAGCCUCCCUCGGCUGUUGGCUUUGGAACGGUGAGGGGCAAAAGAAGGCCAGGGUACUGCUGCCGGAUGUGAUAUUGUUUCCAAUGUCUGGUAGCAUAUUCAGGACCACGGCAAGAUCACCAGCUGCUGGUACGAAAUACCUACCGACACUGCUGGUGGUCCUGAUGCGGACUGACGGUUUGCGCUGGUUGGUAGCUCGCCAGGGGAUGGGCUCGAAGGCUGGAGCUCACACUGUCGAUCGGUUGGGCUGGACUACACGGUAUUGGUGCGGGCUGGGAUGGUCCCCUGCAACUGUGACGCGACUCUGUGUCUCCGGGUUUCCUGUCCCAGCUCCGUCCGCGCCGCAUCACACACCUUUCUUCUUUUCACGGCUUGGGGCAGCACAACGAGAUAUUGCGAGGGCCCACCUUCAGCCACUUCGGCCCCACCGCUUCCCUGACGAGCCGCUGUGCUCUGCAGGUACGUACCUGCAUCCUGCGCUGCCUCUCACGGACUCCUCGCGUUCCUCACAGGCUCCCACCCUCCUCGAGCAACUCGAGCGGGGGAACUUUGGGGUGGCGCUCAUAGAAGCUCAGAAGGCGGAAAGUGGUGCACCCAUUCACAGCUCUACAGUAUUCCAACAUAUCGCAAGCACGACUAUCGAAAAGACACCAAUAUCAAAGCUUGCCGACAACGGACUGCCAUACAGAUACACAACACAGCAUACGCGGUUUAGCCCGUGUUUUCGUACCGCAUCCAGUGCGAGGUCUCCGUCCCGAGUGACUCGGAGUCACGAAACCUGCAUCCGGCCGCUCGGAGAUAGCUACUUACAGAACUCUGACUGCAGCAAGGACAUGCAGCCUGGUCGCAGUGGGGUUGCCCGGGCGCAUCGGUCGUUGCAUUCGCUCAAGCAGCGGCUGCAAGUUGACAAUAACGCGGGGAGUGCGCAGCUCCAGCAAGCGGCCGAAGUGAAUCCGCCCGCGCUGGUGAUCCCUCGUGGGCUGAGAGCCGAAAGUUGGAGCGUCGCAACAGAUCUCAACCCUCUGUCCCUAGACGGAGAGCCUCCGCCUCGUCCUCGCACGCAUCGAGUAGCGGGCGAACGUCGUGACGCGACAAUGAUUGGACCAGAAUCCCCCUCGAACGGAUUAUUUGAGUGGUUGGAAACACAUCAUUUCUGCAGCUGCUUAAUGGUCAGCUGUCUCUCUUGCACGAUUCGAGUGGGCGAGAAAGCGUCACGCCUCUUCCAGGGUACACAGACAUUGAGCCAGUCUGAGGGCAAAAGACCAGGGCUGAGGGACACACCGCACGCUGCCUACGCUAAUCUGCCACUCCCGUCGCCCGGCAUUUACUAUCAACGUCUAUCAAUGCUCGAUCUGGCCUAUCUAGACCAACGUUCUGGAGGCACAUCUCCUUGCACUCCAUGUGUUGCUUCAUCCUCGCCCCAUGCUGAUCCAUCUGGAGCAGUCACGAACUGA